GAAGUGUCUGUGCCGCCACCUUCCGGUUCCGGCGCGCGGUGCACGGCGGGACGCUGGAGGAGCCAUUAGGGGUGAGCGCGGGCCUUCAGUGAGGUGUAGAGCCACAGCACUGCAAACAUGUCGAUCGGAGUGCCUAUUAAAGUCCUGCAUGAGGCCGAAGGCCAUAUUGUGACAUGUGAAACCAAUACGGGAGAAGUUUACCGAGGGAAACUUAUUGAAGCUGAAGACAACAUGAAUUGUCAGAUGUCCAACAUAACGGUGACAUACAGAGACGGACGAGUGGCACAGCUGGAACAGGUCUACAUCAGAGGCAGCAAGAUACGGUUUCUAAUUUUACCAGAUAUGUUGAAGAACGCUCCUAUGCUAAAGAGCAUGAAGAAUAAAAACCAGGGCUCUGGAGCUGGGCGAGGAAAAGCAGCUAUUCUCAAAGCUCAAGUGGCUGCCAGAGGAAGAGGCCGUGGGAUGGGCCGUGGCAACAUCUUCCAGAAGCGAAGAUAAUUUUGGUCUUGAGCGACACUUUUUUUCCACUGGGGUAUUAACUUGGUUACAUGUGUAUUGGUGUCAGUCUUGCUUAAUAAAUGUUUCUGACAAAAACUUGUCUGCUCUUGCAUGACAGGAUUCCUCCAGGGCAAAUGCAUUGUAGACCAAUUACAAAUUUGAAAAGGCUUUGGAAAAUAGUGGACUUGAUUUUUACAUUUGACUAUCUUGUGUGAUGCAUUGACUUUUAAAGAUCAUGUUUCCUGUUUCUUGUUUAGUCCUGUUGUCAUCCGUUCUCUAAGGAAUGGGAAUGUAUUUUUUAAUGAAGAAUUAUUAAACUACCUUUUAAAGUUGUA